CAUUUCUUGAAUCUUAUGCCGAUUUUGGGUUUUCUUUUGUUGUUUCUUUCUUUUACGUGGUUUGGGCUUUUCUUCAACUUUAAAUCUACUUCCCUUCUUUAUCCCCCUCUUUGAUUUUGAUCUUCUUUUCGUCAUUUGUGCAUUUUUCGUCGUUUGAUUUCGUUUUUUUAAUUUGUUCUUGUGAUUCUUGCUCUUUUUUAAGCUUUGUGUUCAGGUCUGCAGAUUCUUGAUUUUGCCAUUUUUCUUUGAUUUAUGGCUACACCACCAUGAGUAUUGGUUCAAUCAGUGUUUGCACGAGGAACGUUAUCCCCCUGAACUUCCGUGUUUGCACACAGAUGGGCAGCAACAUCUGUACAGUGCUUUCCCAAAGAACACCAACUUCAUGCUGUUCUUAUGGAAUUUCGAGACCAAAGUAUGGCGAUCAAUCUGUCACGAUCAUAUCAUCUUGUUCACCAAACAUUUGCCAAAGAAUUCAGGGAGGCUGUCUCAGUUACUGCUUCUCGAGACGGCUAAAUGACUUUGAGGCUUUAACGGUUAAGGAUUUGAUCACCGACGGAGGAUCGCGUGGAAGAGGACUUGAAAUUUCACUGGCUUGCAAAGGUAUGAAUGCAAAGAUAUCAGUCCCCAGUGAUGGGAUGUGUAGCAAAAUCAAGUAUAACAUGCGAUGGCCAGAAAGAUGUGCUUCUGCUUCUGCUGGCUUAGUUUUUGGAUGGGUGGUUUGUUGUUCCGCUUCUGAACCAGUCCAUGCUGAAGCAGCCUGUGACAAAAAGGGUAAUGAAGAAAACUAUGAUUCAUCUCAUGUCAAAUUCUCUCAUGGAAAGAAGGUUUACAUCGACUAUUCUGUCAUCGGAAUUCCUGGAGAUGGACGAUGUUUGUUCCGCUCGGUUGCUCAUGGCGCUUGCUUACGAUCCGGGAAGUCAGCUCCGACUGAGAGUCUUCAGAGAGAAUUGGCAGACGAGUUGCGGACUAAAGUUGCAGAUGAGUUUAUCAAGAGGCGGGAGGAAACAGAAUGGUUUGUGGAAGGCAAUUUCGAUACUUACGUGUCAAAUAUGCAAAAACCGCACGUCUGGGGAGGCGAGCCGGAGUUGUUCAUGGCUUCACAUGUUCUUCAGGCACCUAUCAUAGUGUACAUGUACGAUAAAGAUGCUGGUGGGUUGAUAUCCAUUGCUGAAUAUGGCGAUGAAUAUGGGAAGGAUAAUCCAAUCAGGGUUCUCUACCAUGGUUUUGGCCAUUACGAUGCUUUGCAAAUUCCUGCAAAUCAAGGACCAGCAGGUAGAUCAAAGCUUUAGUGUUCUAAUUCAAUCAAUUACAUCUUUUUUUAUUCUUUAAAAUAAAUCCAAAAUUUGAUCGAAUGAGUUCAACUUA